CGUACAUUGCAGAGCGUCCAUGGGCAGGUAACUCGUCAUGGCGCUAUUAGAGUCACGUGACUAAGACGAUAAAGAUGGCAGCGACCAGGCGCCUUAAAAAGGAAUUAGAUGAUAUACUAAAAAAAUCAAUUCCAGCAUUCAAAAAGAUAGAGGUAGAUGAAUCCAAUAUGUUAUACUGGACUGGGCUUAUGAUGCCGCUUGAUCCACCUUAUAACAAAGGAGCAUUUAAGGUUGAAAUAGUGUUUCCAGCCGAAUAUCCAUUCAAACCUCCAAAAAUAACAUUUAAGACAAAAAUCUACCAUCCAAAUGUUGAUGAAAAGGGACAAAUAUGUUUACCUAUCAUUAGUGCAGAAAACUGGAAACCAGCAACAAGGACUUGUCAGGUGAUUGAAGCUCUAAUUAACUUAGUCAACAGCCCCGAGCCAGAGCACCCACUCAGAGCUGAUAUAGCUGAGGAGUAUACCAAAGAUAAGAAGAAAUUUUUGAAAAAUGCAGAGGAGUACACAAAAAAGAAUUCAGAAAAACGGCCAACGGAUUAAGAAUUUUGACAUAAUAUGAUGAUGUUAAGUUUAUACAUGGUGACUUUCAAACAUCUGUGUUUGUGAUGCGCCAUUGUUUAGCUGUCACCAUGGAGAUGUCAUGGCACUUUUCUGUCGAUAAGUCUGUUUAUUUCAUCAUUAAUAAAUUUUGGCCUUGGUUUUGAAUUACAGAUCACUGUGGCCUUGUUCCAGGAAGAAAUGAUUUUAGGAGAAAUUGGUGAUUGUCUGUUUAGAGCUGAUUUUUAGAAUGUGAUAAAUAGCAAUCUUUUCUAGAUUGUCAUAAUUUAGUAAAGAAUUACAUAAGUACAGAAGAUCACUUUGAAGAGUUUAAAAAUAUUGCUGUGUUUUGUUUCUCGUUAGGACUUUAAAUCAGGUUGUAGUUUUGUUGAAUCUGAAAAAAAUGGGUUAAUUGUUUAUAUAACUUAGUCAUUCUUAAAAUAUUAACAGAUAUAUAUGCAAUACUGUCAUAUGCAAUAUUGAUUUGAUUGUGUUCCUAUAUUUAUUUAAACAACUUUGGCAAGUCAAGAAGAACAGCUUGUUAUACUGAAUCUUUGGCACAAGUUAUGCAAACAAUAAAUCUGACAUUAUUUUAUUCAUUGACGUCAAAAAAGAAAGUAACAAAUUACAAUGAUAUAUUAAUUUAGCUAUUUAGAUUUGCCGAAAAAUGAAAAUACAAAGUUUGCUACUGUAAGAAUUAAGUAUUUAAAUUAAUUACACAAGGAGUGUUCUGGUUUUAGUUAUAUAAAUAUAAAUAUUGUUUCAUAAUGUUAUAUUACUUUGCAUCUAUGACACAAACAAUAAUCUCCUUACAGGGCAUGCGUCUUCAGAAUGAGUUGUCGACUCUUGACUAAGAAACUUAAAAGUCAACUUUCAAUGAAUUGGGGAAACAAAGAAGAUAAUAAUAAUAAAAACAUAGAAACACAUUUGAAGAGUCUAGGACACAAGUCUUUUGUAGCACCUAAACUAAACCAGAAUGGACUUGUCAGUAGAUAACAAUACACUUUUAAUUCUUCUGUCAGUGAUAAAGUGCAGCAAUCUCAAAUUAUAACAAAUUGAACACAUGACUAAAACUAAUAUUUCAUAUUAAAGUUGAUGUAUUUUAGGUUUUUUGAGUUCUAUUUCUGUUUACUGUACACUAAAAUAUCUAGACAAUGUUUUCAAAAAGAGAUAAGAAGGGACAGCUAGAAGAAGGGAGAUAACUGGAAAUUAGAGAAGGGAGAUAACUGGGGGUAAAAAUUCUGUGUGUCGCAGGUACUAUAACAGGACACCGCACUUUGUGAUUUAUACAAAUUCCAUUAAUAGUUGUAUUGAGGAUUUAUAUGUUAAGUGUGUUUUUGUUUAUAUAAAAUAUGUUCUUGGUUAACUUUGCCUGUCUGUAUUCUGAUAGUUUCAUACUUCAUAUUCUACAUUAUUGAAUGAAGUCACUUUCACGCUUACUGUAGAAGCUGUAGAAUGAAUUAGUUUAUAAUUGUUAUGGAGAUUGGUGUGCACUUGAUAUUGAGUUGAAUGUUGAAGUGAUUAAAAGAGAUUUGUACAUAGCCUCCGUGUAACUAGAAUGUUGUGAGAAAGAGCAACAAAUUUGUGUUAAGAAUUAAGAAAGUACACUGUAAACCAAGAUUGGAUUGAUCUUAACUUCAUCGCUUUAGAUAUCUACUAAUACCAGUAUUAUAAGGUCUCUUUUGUUGAUUUUCAGGACUUAACCUUGCUAAUAAUAACAUACACAUUAUAUUUCUUAAUUGGAUUACUUGGCCUAUCAAUAUAAAUUUCAAAUUUCUGGUAGAUAAAGCCAUCCAGUAUCUACAGUGUCGUCACCAUUUUACUUUGUCACAUCCGUAUGUGAUGUAUAACUCCCAGGUAUGUCCAUUAUAAAUAGUGAUACUGGUUAUAUGUUUACAAUGUUGGCUUUCCUAGUCAGAAAUUCUUUAAAAAAAAUUGAUUAUUCAAUCCUGUAUCAGCAAACUAUAAACCAUAUCCUGUAUCAAAACCAAUGUAUGGUAGCAAGUUAUCCAUUUCAUUUCAUAACAAACUUCUUUUUUUUUGCUGUUAAAACAUGGACAUGAGUAUGAUGGUUAUUUUUAGAUCACUUGAAUUAAAGUUGCUUGUCAUGGUUAUUUAUCAUCUUGACAUGGAAGUAUCAUCUGCAAUGCGAGGGACAGGGUUUAUUGGAAUAAGAUUACUAAAAUUUGAAAAAGAAUAAUCUCACAUAAUAACAGUUGGAACUCUUUAAAUUGUAGAAAUAAAAAAAGGCACUCAAACAGCAUGGCACCCUAGGGCUAGGGGAUGGCUAGAAUAAAGCGAUCACACAAUAUGGCACCCUAGGGCUAGGGGAUGGCUAAAAUAAAGCGAUCACACAAUAUGGCACCCUAGGGCUAGGGGAUGGCUAGAAUAAAGCGAUCACACAAUAUGGCACCCUAGGGCUAGGGGAUGGCUAAAAUAAAGCGAUCACACAAUAUGGCACCCUAGGGCUAGGGGAUGGCUAGAAUAAAGCGAUCACACAAUAUGGCACCCUAGGGACUAGGGGAUGGCUAAAAUAAAGCGAUCACACAAUAUUGGCACCCUAGGGGAUGGCAAUAGAUGAGGCAUCUCCAUAACUUUGCACCUAGGGUCUAAGGAUGGUUGAAAAACAAAGAAGGCCCAAUACAACAUUGCACCCUUGGUGGUUAAAAAUACAGGGAAAAUUUCUUAAAAUAUAACUAUAUUGUAAUUAACUGGCCAUUAUUAUUAUUUUUUUAUUUUUCAUAUAUUUAUUUUGCGAAAAUUCAAUCAAGAAUUAUUUGAGUGUGUAUCGUGGGCCAAUGUAUAUUUCAUUACACAAAAGUUUUAAAACAGAUACGACAAAAAAUUAUGAAAUAUUUAGUUCCAAAGUUCCCAUAUUGGAUGGUACUCUGAAUCACGGUUGAAUUGUAUGUUUGUCAGAUGUUACCUUUAACAAACUAUAAUGAUAUAUGUCAAGUAUACGUGAAGUUUUUCACUGUUCACAGAAAGAAUUUAAGUUAAAUCUUGAAAAUGUUUUUGUUUUCUGGAUUCCCAGUGUUAACAAUAACAUGAAACAAAAUUAUUGGGCAGUUUGUGUAACACAGCUUUGCAGAUAAAAAUAUUAUUAAAGAAAAAGUGGUAUUA